CUCUCCCGGCGUCCCCCGGCGGCGGCCAUGGCGGACAGCGGCGGGAGCGGCCGGGGGCCUCCGUGCCCUGGGGCGGCCGCGGCGCUGCGGCGCUGGGAGCAGCUGAGGCGGCGGGUGGCGGCGGCGGCCCCGUGGGCCCGCGGGCUCCUGGCUGUGGCCGCCGGGCUCGGCCUCUUCUACGUGGUGCUGCGGGUGCCGCUGCGGCUCCGGGACAGCCUGGCGGCCGUGACUGUGUUCUUAAGCACUUUGACUCCAAAAUUCUACUUUGCCCUUACAGUGACUUCAUCUUUUAUAUCUGGACUGAUAUUUGUGUUUGAGUGGUGGCAUUUCCGAAAGUACGGCACAUCUUUCAUUGAGCAGGUUUCUGUGAGUCAUCUGAGGCCCCUCAUCGGGGGGGCAGAAAACAGCCCUCCAGCACCAGCGGCAUUCUCUGCUGGAGAGAGUGAGACCAGCAGGCAGAACAUGCCAGAGUGCAAAGUGUGGCGAAAUCCUCUCAAUCUUUUCAGAGGGGCAGAGUACAGCAGGUACAUGUGGGUGACUGGGAAGGAGCCUCUUACCUACUACGACAUGAAUUUGUCUGCUCAGGAUCAUCAGAACUUUUUCACAUGUGAUACAGAUGCCCUUCGGCCUUCAGAUACAGGAAGAGACACCAAUGUAUUGGUAUAUGUGAAAAGGAGACUGGCUAUGUGUGCCAGAAAACUUGGAAGAAUCCGAGAGGCAGUAAAAAUGAUGAGAGAUUUAAUGAAAGAGUUUCCACUUCUCAGCAUGCUGAAUAUUCAUGAAAACCUCCUGGAGGCACUGCUGGAGUUACAGGCCUAUGCAGAUGUCCAAGCAGUUUUAGCAAAGUAUGAUGAUAUCAGUCUCCCAAAGUCAGCAGCAAUAUGUUACACAGCAGCCCUGUUAAAAGCCAGAGCCGUUUCAGAAAGGUUCUCCCCAGAAACUGCUUCCAAAAGAGGGCUCAGUACAGCAGAAAUUAAUGCUGUGGAAGCAAUUCACAGAGCUGUGGAAUUUAACCCUCAUGUUCCAAAGUAUUUACUAGAAAUGAAAAGCUUGGUGCUACCUCCAGAGCAUAUUCUGAAGCGAGGGGACAGUGAGGCAGUAGCAUAUGCUUUUUUUCACCUCCAGCAUUGGAAGAGGAUAGAAGGGGCUCUAAAUCUGCUACACUGCACGUGGGAAGGCACAUUUAGGAUGAUCCCAUACCCAUUAGAGAAAGGUCAUCUGUUCUAUCCCUAUCCCAGUUGCACAGAAACAGCAGACAGAGAACUGUUGCCAACAUUUCACGAAGUCUCCGUUUACCCACAGAAAGAGCUCCCCUUUUUCAUCCAUUUCACAGCAGGCCUGUGUUCCUUUUCGGCGAUGCUUGCCCUCCUCACGCACCAGUUCCCUGAGCUGAUGGUAAUUUUUGCUAAAGCUGUGCUGCGGGUGCUGUGGCCUGUGAGUGCUCCCAGCGUUCUGGCCUCCAGCUGAGUGGCCUGCACCAAGUGCUCUGGGACUCUUCUUUCACCCCUCAACUCCAUUAUGGAAAACAGUCUUCUUGCUGUCCAGUUUCUGGCAUCAGAUGACUCCAGUGUGACUGGAGAUGCUUUCCAUGAUUGUUCUUGUAAGCCUCACCCCAGGUGGUUACCUGACCCCUACAUGUGUGGGGCAAGGAAGAAAGCUGUGCUCUUCAGACUCCUACCUUUGACAGGCUUCCAUGUUGGUAAUGGUGCUUAACUUACGAAUUCGUUCUUUGGCCUUAGUCUGUAAUCACCUAAGAAAACAGUUUUUGUUGAGCAGUACCUUAAUCAUACAAUUGGAAGCUGAUACUUCCUCUGUAAGAAAGGAGAGGACACAAAUGGAGCAGAUGUUUGGAGUAUUGACACUUCCUUGUCAGCUGCAGAUGCACCAGAUAAUUGGCUUAGAUUUAAUUUUAUAAGCCUUCUUCAAAAUAUUUGUUAACAGCAAAGUAUGGUUCUGCUUUCGUUAUUAAAAGGUUGCUUCUUAACACAUUGAA